CGUGAUACCCAUUAGCAAGCAGGAAGCGAAAUGUCGGUGGACUUGAACAAAAAUAAAGAGUCGCUUUUAGCGGCCUGGAAAGAAGUCACAGACAACAAAUCAAAUACAGAAUGGGCUAUAUUUGGUUAUGAAGGCAAUACAAAUGUCCUGAAAGUUGCUGAGACAGGCGAUGGAGACUGGGAUGAGAUGACCGAUGAACUAAGCUCUGGAAAGUGCUUGUAUGCAUUUGUCCAGGUGCUUGAUACAAAUACCAACUUGCCAAAGUUUGUGCUCAUCAACUGGCAACCAGAUGGAGCUCCAGAUCAGCGAAAAGCUAUUUGUGCGAGACACACUGUUGAUGUUGCAAGGUUUUUUAGGGGUGCCCACGUGUCUGUAAAUGCCAGAUGCGAAGAUGACAUCGACUUUGAGUUCGUCCAGAAAAAAGUUGCAGCAGCUUCUGGGUCUCAGUAUGGAAUUCAUAAAGAGCAAGCGAAACCUAUGCCUGCAGCCGGACCAGUGGGAUCAGUCUACAAAAGAACCAUGGCUGCUCGGGAAAUAAACGUCAAACAGAGAGAUGAAUUCUGGGAGAAAACAGAGAAAGAUGAGAGUCGUCGCAUCGAAGUUGAGAGAAAGAAGAGUGUUCAGGAGAAGGAAGAGAUGGAGAGGAAAAGGAAAGAACGAGAGGCCAAAGAGGCAUCAGAACGUGAGAAACAUUUAAGGGAGAAGACUAGAGAAAUACAGCGGCAGAGGUCAACGGAGCUAGUGAAAGAACGUGAGCGUAGAGUUUCGCUCAAAGAGGAGUGGGAGAAAGACCAGGUUGAUGCGAUGAAGGAGGACGAAGAAAGGCGGAACCGAAGUGAAGCUUUGAGGAAACAACGGGCUGCUGAAGCUGCUGCUCUUGUCCAACAACGCGGUGCUAACCCCCGAUCGAUGUUUCAACAAAUGGCGUCAACAAAGCCUGCCCCACCACAAAAGAUGGCAGCACCAUCCAGGAAGUUGAAGUGGGAAUUUGAACCAUCUGGUGGUGACCAGUCAAAGUUGGUUGAACGCAAAGGACCAAUCAGGUUGCCAACGGAAGAUGAAGGAAACAUGCCUCCGCGCCCGGAACCAUUAGGGCACCCGGAACCAGAAUGGCAACCUGAACCUGCACGUCAACCAGAACCCGUUCGUGAACCAAGUCCUGAGCCCGUUCGUGAACCAAGUCCUGAGCCCGUUCGUGAACCAAGUCCUGAGCCUGUUCGUGAACCAAGUCCUGAACCGGUCAGAGAGCCUUCGCCAGAGCCGGUGCCAGUAGCAGCGCCAGUAAAUAAAAACUUAUUCCAACAAGGUCUUCCCCAACGACCUGACUCAGAUGAGGAGGAGGAGGAGGCUGAUGACUGGAAUGAUUCUGAACCAGUGUCGGCACCAGUAUCUGCACCGGUUGUGGAGCCUGAACCAGAACCUCAGCCCUUGGACAACGAUGCCUUCCAAAACAAUGUGGUGGAAGAAAAUGCCAACGAAGAGACAAAAGAAAUCAUCAUUCCACCAGAGGCUGGCUUGUGUUGUGCAGCCCUUUAUGAUUACCAAGCAGAGGACGAUACAGAAAUAUCCUUUGAUCCUGGUGACGUUAUUACAAAUGUGGAACAAAUCGAUGCUGGGUGGUGGAUGGGCGUCGGACCAGAUGGACAGCGGGGGAUGUUCCCUGCUAAUUAUGUGGAAGUGAUUAAUUAGUAAUUAACUGUGAUAAGAACAAGUGACAUGAGUUUUUAACCGCUGAGGACAGGAGACCUGUUAGAUUGUUAGGAGGCAUGGGAUGUCUUCAUGUGUGCAAAUAUAUACAGCGAAUCAUGAUUGAAAUCAGUGUGCUGGAUGCACUUAGAAAUUAGAUAAAUGCCUGUAUGUUCUGCCUCUUUGGGGACAUGUACAUUGUAAAACAGUAUAAUAGUUAGGCAUCAGGGUCAUGCACUCUAUUUGGUCAACAGCCACUGUGAAAAUCCAAGUUUCCGUCUGUCGCGGAAUUGCAUGAUACGUCUUCUUCUGUGACAUUAUUACCUGGUACCACAUCUAUAGGUGGUCUGACUACUUCACAAAAUAGUAUGACAUACAUGUAUCUUAACUUUGCAUGGAUAAAGCUAGCAGUAAAUUGUGCUACUUAUACAAAGAGGGAAUAAUAACGAUGUAGUUAUCAAAGCAGUUAUAAUGUUUUGGUCCGUGUAAAUGUCCCUGUUGGUAUUCGAGACAGUAUAAACCGGUAUAUUGAAUUUAGGUGUAGAGCAGGGAGUAAGAUUGGGUAUAAAACCUUUGCAUUCAGGGCGAGAAAUUGUGCCCUGGGCAACAUGGUUUGCCAGUCUCCUGGUAAAGAUAGUGACUGAAGAUAUUCCAAACUGGCUAGGUUGACUUGGGCUUUAAUAAUGUGCUUGUGAUAUUAUUUAGUCUUGAUCAAGUAGCCCUUCUACUGCCUUGAGGGUUUCAUUUUAUUUCAUCAUAGGGUGCUCAAGACUUCUUCAUGGUGGGCCAAACUAGGAUCGUCUUACUGCCUAUUCACAAGCAACUACCACAACCAAAAUGGCAUUUGUUCCUUUCCAUUUUGUUGAAUUUCAAAAACCAAGUUUCGAGUUGUAAUCUGCCUAAAAUUGCUCUUGUGAAUAUACCUGCAGUGCACUCAUUUGGAUUUUCAAAUUCCAACCAAAUAAAUGCCAUUUUAACAAUGACAGUCAUUGUGAAAAAGGGAGAGAGCCUUUAGUGAGGUAUGGUGCAUAUCAGUACUGGUCUCCUUUGAAAUAACAUGGAUUUUAUUGCAGUAUCCUUGUUUGAUUGUGCUUUUUUGGUCCAUCCUGUAGAGUCUUCAUUUUAGUGUUGUCCUUUUUGAUUUACACAGUAAAAGUGUACUGAUUGUAUAUGCCAAGGAGCUUUUGUAAAUGUUUUUGUAAAAUAUAACAAUGGGACGUAUUCAUAGGAA